CAAGUACCUUGUGAUCUGAUGAGAUCAUUGCUGAUCUCCCAAAGAGGAGGUCGCAGGUUCAAGUCUCAUCACCAUCAAAGAUGUUUACAUUAAUAAGAUCAAAUACUAUAUAAUAGGUUUGGCGAAUGUUACAAAAAAAUUAAAAAAUCUUCACUUUCCUUGGUGGAAAAACCAAAAAAGAAGAAUUGUCACCGUUGUCUCCUCUUCAAAAGACAUAACUCUCUCUCAGUACCCUCCUCAAAAUUACACCAAAAACAGAGCGCGCGCGUAAAAUCUAAAACCCGAGCUCCAGGAAAAUCCCCAACUUUCCUGUUGUAAACCUGUAAUCUCUCUUAUCUCUAUCUCCUCAUUGUGUCGUCACGCCCAAAAAUUCCGCUUUCCAGUCUCCAGUCCACACCAACCCUAACCCCACCUCUCCGCCUUUACGCACUCACAGUCGUUCCUGUCGCCUUCAACUCACGACUUUCCGCACCGCCAUUUUCUCUCUCUAUCGAUGUCCAAUUAUAUACGGAGUAUAAAUUAGGGUUUUUGGUCUUUUCGUUUUCUUUUUCAAAUGACCGCCAAUCCAAUAUCUCCACAAGCGCCAUCUGAUGCUACUAAGGACUCUGAGGUGGAUUCCUCUUCUGCUGCCUCUAGCGCAGUUCUCGAAGCUUCCAAGACUCCCGAGAAGGAGGAGUUUGCUGAAGUCGCAGGGGUGACUGACAAAGAGGGUGACACGGAUAUGGCGGCAGCGGCGGUGGAUGAUCCCAUGGAGGAGGAUCCGGCAGCUCCUGCCACGGUUUUUUGCAUCCGCCUCCAGCAGCCCAGGUCUAAUUUGCAGCAUAAGAUGAGUGUGCCUGAGCUCUGCCGUAAUUUCAGUGCCAUUGCUUGGUGCGGAAAGCUGAAUGCCAUUGCAUGUGCAUCUGAAACUUGUGCAAGAAUCCCAAGUUCAAAUGCAAAUCCACCGUUUUGGAUCCCGAUUCACAUUGUAAUACCAGAGCGUCCAACAGAAUGCACCGUUUUUAAUGUUAUAGCAGAUUCACCUCGUGACUCGGUUCAAUUUAUCGAAUGGUCUCCUACAGCAUGUCCUCGCGCUCUUCUCAUUGCUAAUUUCCAUGGAAGAAUAUCCAUCUGGACCCAACCUUCUCAAGGUCCAGCUAAUUUGGUAAGAGAUGCUAGCUGUUGGCAGAAAGAAUAUGAAUGGCGGCAGGAUAUUGCAGUUGUAACUAAGUGGUUAUCAGGUGUAUCUCCGUAGUACAGGUGGCUUUCGUCAAGGUCCGGUGGUGCCACAAAGUCAAUAUUUGAGGAGAAAUUCCUUUCUCAUCAACCACAGCCUCCAGCUGGAUGGCCAAAUUUCCUAUGUGUAUGCUCCGUCUUCAUAUCAGGAUCAGUUCAGCUGCAUUGGUCCCAAUGGCCACUUGAUCAGACUGGUCAGCCAAAGUGGUUUUGCACAAGCAAAGGGCUCUUGGGAGUUGGACCCAGUGGAAUUAUGGCUGCAGAUGCUAUUGUAACAGAUUCUGGAGCCUUACACGUGGCGGGUGUCCCAAUUGUGAAUCCAUCUACAGUAGUGGUUUGGGAGGUUAUGCCAGGCCCUGGAAAUGAAUUUCAAGCAACUCAGAAGGCAAGUCUGAGCAAUGGAGUUCCACGAUCACUUAAUCCUCCUACCUGGGACGGCUUUGCUCCUCUUGCUGCUUAUUUGUUUAGUUGGCAAGAGUUUUUAUUUCAAGAAGUAAAACAGGGUAAAAAACAUACAGAGUUAGACUAUAAUGACACAGUAGUUCUUCAUUGUUCACCAGUUUCCAACUUUUCUGCAUACGUGAGUCCUGAGGCUGCAGCUCAGCCAGCUGCUACCACUACAUGGGGUUCUGGUGUCACUGCUGUUGCAUUUGAUCCCACUCGUGGUGGCGAUGUGAUUGCUGUUGUGAUAGUUGAGGGACAAUACAUGUCCCCAUAUGAUCCAGAUGAAGGCCCUUCAGUCACAGGAUGGAGAGUUCAACGUUGGGAAUCUUCUGUGGAGGAUGUUGUUCUUCAUCAAAUAUUUGGUAAUCCGACGUCAAGUAUUGGUGGGCAAGCCCCUAAACAGACAGUUUGGGUGAGUAAGGUAAUUAAAUGUAUCCCUGCAUCUACUGAAUUUAAAAGUCCCCGAGCAGCUGGAGGUAUAUCUACACCUGAUAUGCAAACUGCUUCUGACCAUGCUAUUGAGAUGACGAAGAGGGUCACAUUUGAUCCUUUUGAUCUUCCAAGUGAUGUUAGAACCCUUGCUCGGAUUGUUUAUUCUGCUCAUGGAGGUGAAAUUGCAGUUGCUUUUUUAUGUGGUGGGGUUCAUGUUUUCUCAGGUCCAAGUUUCACCCCUAUUGGUAGCUACCAUAUUAAUGUUGGGCCUGCAAUUGCUGCUCCUGCAUUCUCUUCAACAAGUUGCUGCUCUGCUUCUGUUUGGCAUGACCCUAGCAAAGAUUGUUCCAUCUUGAAGAUAGUUCGGGUUCUUCCACCCGCUGUUCCAAGUAGUCAGGUGAAAGCUAACUCUGCUACAUGGGAACGUGCAGUUGCAGAGAGGUUUUGGUGGAGUCUUUUAGUGGGAGUUGAUUGGUGGGAUGCCGUUGGGUGUACCCAAAGUGCUGCGGAAGAUGGCAUUGUUUCACUGAACAGUGUCAUUGCAGUGCUGGAUGCAGAUUUUCACUCUCUUCCAUCUACAUACCAUCGGCAGCAAUAUGGGCCUAGCCUAGACAGGAUAAAGUGUAGGCUACUAGAAGGUACAAAUGCUCAAGAAGUCAGGGCUAUGGUUCUUGACAUGCAAGCAAGAUUGCUAUUGGAUAUGCUUGGCAAAGGAAUCGAAUCAGCUUUAAUGAAUCCAUCAGCUUUGGUCCCAGAACCAUGGCAAGCGUCCAGUGAUACACUAUUUGGUAUUGAUACUGAAGCAAUGUCUGUUGAUCCAGCUUUUGUUCCAAGCAUACAGGCUUAUGUUGAUGCCAUACUUGAUCUAGCUUCUCAUUUCAUCACACGUUUGCGGCGUUACGCAAGCUUCUGUCGCACGUUAGCUAGUCAUGCUGUGACUGCAGGCACUGGUGGGAGUCGGAAUUUGGUGAGCAAUCCUAUCCAAAGUUCUGCUUCUCCUGCAACAUCUCAGGGGACUCAGGGUGGUGGUUCUGCAAGCUCUACGGGAAGCACACAGAUGCAUGCAUGGGUACAGGGAGCCAUAGCAAAGAUUAGUGGCAGUGCAGAGAGUGCCACAAGUUCCGCCCCAAACCCAAUAAGUGGUCCAUCAACUCUUAUGCCGAUUAGUAUAAAUACUGGCACUUUCCCUGGAACUCCAGCUGUUAGACUCAUUGGGGAUUGUCAUUUUCUCCACCGACUAUGUCAGCUUUUGCAUUUCUGCUUCUUCUAUCGCCGGACACAAUUGCCACGCUAUAUUGGGGCAACUCAGAGGAAUACUGAUUCUUCGAUGCAAAAACCUCAGCAGCCUAUUACUCUUGCAAAACUAGAAGAAGCCAACUCUGCUGCCAAACCUACAUUAAAUGGUCAGCUUGGCUCAGGUGGGAAGGGAUCUGAUGAUGUUCUAUCUAACCGGUCCAGGAUUGGUUCUGGAAAUGCUGGACAAGGAUACACAUACGAUGAGGUGAAGGUACUAUUUCUUAUAUUAAUGGAUCUUUGCCGCCGGACAGCAAGCCUAGCACAUCCAUUGCCAGUUUCUCAGGUCGGGAGCAGCAAUAUACAGAUCCGGCUUCAUUACAUAGAUGGUAACUAUACUGUUUUGCCAGAAGUUGUAGAAGCUUCCCUUGGACCACAUAUGCAGCAGAACAUGCCACGGCCUAGAGGUGCUGACGCAGCAGGCUUGCUACUUCGUGAGUUAGAACUCCAUCCUCCUGCAGAAGAGUGGCACAGGAAGAAUGUGCACAGUGGACCCUGGUCUGAUGCACAAGAUGAUAAUGAUUCUUCAGUGGAUGAUGACCUUACACAUAGCCCAUCUAUAGAGAAAUUUGAGUGUAGCCUAUCAGAAGAACACUGCGAUGUUCUUCACUAUGGUGGAAGCAAUCGUUUAUGGCCAAGGAAGCGUAGAAUGUCGGAAAGGGAUGCAGCUUUUGGGUUAAACACUUCAGUGGGCCUCGGUGCAUAUCUUGGUAUAAUGGGCUCUCGCAGGGAUGUUGUGACUGCCAUAUGGAAGACAGGGCUUGAUGGUGUCUGGUACAAGUGCAUAAGAUGUUUGAGACAGACAUGUGCCUUCACGCCACCGGGGGCCACUCCUGCAAAUCUGAGCGAGAAGGAAAUAUGGUGGAUUAGCCGUUGGGCAUAUGGGUGCCCCAUGUGUGGCGGGACAUGGGUACGAGUUGUAUAGACUUGAUUGUAUGUAAGGGUCAUAGCAGGACUGAAGAAGUUGCCGGUUUUUUGUUCCCGUGUAGCAUUAUAUAAUUUAUAUUACGAGUAUAUUUUAACUAAUGAGGUGAUAAGUGAUUACUCUCUAAAGUCACCUGUAGGGAGUUGAGAGAGGAACAUUGUGUACAAAUGUACAGAAUGAUUAGUAUCUCUUUAAUCAGCACUCUGCCCCCCUUUUUGGAUGCAAUUCUAACGAUCUUCGCAUGUGGUCUAUAUCAUUAUUAUAUGUACC